UACAAGCUCUUAAACCUUAUUUCGAAAUCCACAAAAAGAACAACAACAUGAAACUACUCACUAUCAGUGUGACCAUUCUCGUGAUCUCGAUGGUAUUUGCCCAAACAGCAACCACCACUGAAGCAAGAAAGUUGAGGAAAACAAAAGAUCAAGAUCAUUCUAAAGCUGGAUCUACAGAAAAAUUCGUGCCUACUUCUCCAGGAAGCAGCCUUGGUGUGCGACAUAAAAAAGGUAAUACCAAUGUUGAAGGGUUUCAAGAUGACUUCAAGCCCACGGAAGGAAGAAAGUUGCAGAAAACGAACGGUGAAGUUCAUUUAAAAACCGGAUCAACAGACGAUUUCGCGCCUACUUCCCCAGGACACAGCCCCGGGGUGGGGCAUAAAAAAGGAAACGCCAAAGUUGAAAAGUUUAAAGAUGACUUCAAACACACGGAAGGAACCAACGGUCAGACUCACUUCAAAACAGGAUCUACGGACGAUUUUGCACCGACUUCUCCCGGAAACAGUCCUGGGAUCGGCCACAAGAGAGGAAAUGGGAAUGUUAAGGGGUCUAAAGAUGACUUCGCACCCACGGAAGAAAGACGAUUGAAGAAAGCCAACGGUCAAGAUCAUUUCAAAACUGGAACAACGGAUGAUUUCGCACCUACUUCUCCAGGAAACAGUCCCGGGAUGGGACAUAAGAAAGGAGAUGACUUCAAACCCACAACACCAGGACAUAGCCCCGGGAUUGGUCAUGCUGUCAAGAACGAUGAACCUACAGCUUAG